ACACACUAUACAUAAUCAAGUUUUGUUUCUCAUAAACUAAAUUAUAAUUAAAACAGUUUCAGUCAGAAAUAUUUUAUAAUGCGUAAUUGCAACGCGAUAGUGAUGUUCUCAAUGAAAUGGCUCGUCACCAACUGCAAUACUACGACUAUGAUUGGUCGAGAGAUUUUUGCGCGGUGCAUUUCAGCCAAUCAGAGCAUUGUUUUCUUGCUCGUAUGUAAAGCCUCAGAUAAAUGGCGAACGGAAGGACAAACUGUAAACAAAUACUACAGAACUGGACAUUUUAGACGAAUUGUGACUUUUAAGAGAGAAAUAGCUUAAAGUUGGGAAUACUGUGUCAAAAUCAAACGGAAAUAAUUGAUAUGCGGUAGUCAGCGAGAAUAUGAACUAGCCUCAUUCAGCGUUAGGAAGCUAUCUAGGCCUGCUGACAUUUGCGCAGAAUUGGAUCUUGGAAGUGCUGUAAUGCGAACGAGGUAUAGAGACCCGCACAGUUAACAAUUAUCAUUUAGAAUCUGUUUUAAAAACCAUCAUAUACGUCGGAUAAAUUUAGAACUAUUCAGUAUCAUGAGUACAAAGUCGGACAGCAGUCAGCCGUCCGAAAUUAACCAGAUGAAAAGAAGCGCAAGUCCGAGUGGAGAGUGUGAGACCACGCUGCUCAAGCAGGCGAAAGUAAGUGACGAGGAACCAAGAAAUGGGUCUCAUGAAGAUGCAGAACCCGAGAAAGUUGGGAAUGGUGAGCCAAAACCCGGAGCUGAGCUCCCUGAAGGAACUGAAGAGAAGGAGGUGGUAAUUCAGCAUGAAGCAGCCGCACAGGAGAGCACGAGACAGGCUGCUGGAGGUGAGAGCGCGCGCCAGCCGUCAGAUUCCGCUGCCAUCGCCGCAGCAGAGGCGCUCGCGAGUCUGACCGGCGGAGAUGGGGACGAAGACUGUAAAGAAAUGCCCUGUUCGUCCAAAAAACCGAGCCGAGAGAAAUUAAGAGAAAGGUCCAUUCGUCCAGGUUGCUCUCAGAGCGAGAGAAGGACGGAGGCAGCCGCGGCGGACAGCUCUUCAUCCCUGCUGAUCCGCGAGAACAGAGGACAUCCAGAGCAGGCAUCGUUUGUGGAUGAUGAUGAUGAUGAUGGUGAGGAGGAGGAGGACGAAGAAGACUCCCUCCCUGGCUCUUCCUCCACGGCUAGUUCGUCUGUCGCCUCUGAGAACGAGGAUAACGAGGACGGCGAGUGUGCCAUAGUGUCGGUGAAGAUGGCCCCGGAGGUGCGGCAGUCCGUCGCACUGCUCGCGCAGGUACAGAUGCGCCUGGAUGCGCUGGAGAAGAAAGGCGCUCGUCUUCAUCAACGUCUGGAGAUGAAAGUGAGCCGCCAGCGACGCCCUCACCUGGACCAGCGCAGCGCCAUCACACAAGCGAUCCCAGGCUUUUGGGUUACUGCUCUUCUGAAUCACCCACAUCUAUCAGCGCAAAUCGACGAGUCUGAUGAGGACGCCCUUAGUUACAUGACUAAUUUAGAGAUUGAAUCUUUCAAGAACAACAAACUUGGAUACCGCAUCUGCUUUCAUUUCCGGCGAAAUCCGUUCUUUCAAAACAAAAUGAUAGUGAAAGAACUUCAUCUUGGAAUGGGAGGGUCUCCGGUGUCCUUCUCAAACCCAAUUUUGUGGCACAGAGGGCAGAAUCUGGUCGGGAGUGGAGAACCUCGUCGAACAUCACAGGGAGUCUACCAGAGCUUCUUCCAUUGGUUCAGUGAUCACAGCAACCCAGGAAGGGAUGACAUAGCACAGAUUCUGAAGGAAGAUCUGUACAGAAACCCUUUGAGGUAUUACCUGACUCCACUGUGGGAGCCACGAGAGAAUGGCAGCAGCGCUCCCAAACCUAAGGGCAGCAAUAACGGAGACGAAUGCGUGAUCAUCUCAGAUUCAGACGAAGAUGAAGAGCAGAGUAGCCAAAACAUGGAGCAGGAGGAUGAUGAACGGGAUGACCAAGUUGGAGGCUCAGAAGAGAAUGACAGAGAUGAGGGGGAAUCUUUCUCUGAGGAGAGAAAUGAAGAGGAAGUGGAUGUUGAGGAAGUAGAAGAGUCACGUGACUCCGGUGGCUGUGAGGUCGGAGAGCAAGGAAAGGAAGAAGAUAUCGAUGUCGAUGAAGAGAAGAGUUAGGGUGUGGUGUUGUCUCCGUUUCUUUUUAUGCAGAAUAGCAUCAUUAGAUUUUUCUAUGAUCUAUUUUACUGAUUGUCUUCUGGAUAAAUUAACAAGUGUUAAUGUUGCUUGAUGAUCAUGGUUUAACCAUAUCUUCAUUGUAGAUGGUACUUUCUAUACUUCAGAGAUGAUGAAUAUUCAGAUUCAGUGUGUGCACUCCUCCAAAAAAACACUUAGUUUCUUUACCAUUUUACACAUAACUUUGCAUUCACAGAGAGGGCUACUGAUACCCAUAAGACACCUCUUUUAUCUCAGAACUGACUGUUGAAAGUUUAGGAUUACCGACUUCACUUAAUUUAGUUGUUUUUGGCUAGUUUAGAGUCCUGGUUGUUGUUUUCUUUUGUUAUAUGGAAUACAGUAACAUCGUCUGUCACCAACAAGUACAUUUCCACUGCAGGAGGCUAUAUAAUCAAGACCAGUUAUAAAAGCAUUUUGUCAGUCAUUGCUGUAAUAUUUUUGGUUAAUUGUUGUUUGUUACUACUUAAAAUCCACAUUUUCAGAAUUCUAGCAUCAUGAACGGCAUUGUUAUAGUCUUGUCUUAUCUUUUUAUUGUUCCAUCACCAUUUUUAGCAAGGGAAAAGGUCAAACAUUCUCUAAUGCACUUCAUUCUGAACCAAAACUAGAUAACUCAGGGAUGUUUACUCUUUUUACCCUCCUUAUAGAUGCGUUUCCCUUCUUACAGUAAGUUGUGUGUCUUUAAUACAUACCUUUAUGAAUUGUUUGUUUAUUGAUGAACAUUUAAAUAAUUGUAGGUUUAUUUCACCUUGUUUACAUAAGCAGCUAAAAUCCUGACACAGUUCCUCUUGUUAUGAGGUUCAGUGUCAUGUGAUCCUUCAAACAACUUGUCAUGUCUGAAUUGAGUUGGAUAUCUACACUAUCAACACACGUUGCCAUUUAUUGGCUGCAUUGAAUAACAAUUUUAAUGUUAUUUAAAUGAGCAGAAUUUUUGGAAAGGUUUUCAUCUCGUUGUGUUAUUUCUUUUGACCCGCAUGAUGUAUGCACUCAAUAAUCAGACUUAUUUGUGUCCAGUUAAAUGCUAAGAUAAUGUAAAGAUAGUGAAUAUGUAUGUAUGCAUUUGUUCCUUUUGACUUUUCGUAUUCAUCUUUUUUGUCUAUUAGUACUUCUACUCCUUUGCAAUAAUAUAUUUUUCCUUAACUUUGGUCAGUCAGUUAUUAGAGUAAAAUCUUUGUCAUAGGAAUCUGUAAUAAGGAAGCUGUGUUAAACGCAUUUAGUUUACAUUGAUUUUGAGUGUUGACCUGUAAAAGUUUGGUUUAAAAAGUUGAAAAGCUAUUAACUCAUUGUAAGUAUACUGGAUUGUACUUGUUUUUCCUGCAAAGCCAGUGGUAUGUACAUAAUCCUUUCCCUUACGAAGGGUUUAUAAUAUGUUAUUGAAUUAUUAGGGUAGAUUUGACCUACAAUAUCAAAGAAAAGCUAUAUUUUGUGUGCUAAAUUUUAUAGAGAACUACAAUUUUUAAAUGUUUUGGGUUUGUUUGUUUUUUUGUUUUCCAUGUCAAAUAAAGUUUUGUCUUUUCAUUCACAA